CGAGAAUCGCCCUUUCAUUAUCGCUUCUCCGCAGAAGGCAGUCAUUAUGGCUACCGUAUCAGGUAAAAAAGGCAAAAAAGCUAAAAAAAAUAACAAGUUGUCCCUGGGUGAGUUUCUUACCGAUGGGAACACGGCCGACCGGAACCAGGUGCAGGUAGCGGUACCAGUAAAGCUGGAUUGGGGCGAUGAUUGCGAUGACGAUGACGAUGAUAGGGUGGUACGCACGCAGGUGAUCGCACUGCCGACGGCACCGCGUGCGAGCCGGAUAUUGAACGACGAUUCGAUACCACAGAACCCACCGUUCUCGAUCUAUGUAUCGAACCUGCCGUACGACAUCAACGAGAAUGAUCUGUACGAAAUAUUCGAUCACGUCGAGAUCGUGACGAUGACGUUGCCGCGCGAUGAUAGCGAAACCUGGAGACUGCGCGGGUUCGGCAACAUCGAGUUUGCGACGCGAAACGAUCUGAUGACGGUGCUGGCAAUGCCGGAACCGAUGGUACGCAACCGGCGCAUCCGUAUCGGGCUUUACAACGAGAAUGACACGAAGCGUCGGAACAAUCGCUACGAUAAUUUCUCCUCCGGGGAUAGCGAGCGUCCGUCGUCCGGAGGGAACUGGCGCGACCGGCCGGAAUCGGCAUCGCGACCGAUGAUGGAUCGAGAUCGGGAUGGGGGUGGUAUGCGCCGUCCUUAUAGCAGCGGUGGAUAUGGGCGCGAUCGGGAGGAUCGUGAACGGCCGUCGGGUGAUUCUGGUGGUAACUGGCGCACGACCGACAGACCGGCACCGCAAUCACCGCGCGCGCCCCGUAACUACGAUCGCGACCGUGACCGUGACCGUGAUAGUAGCAACGGUUUCCGCCGUGGACCGGACAGUCGCGGCCCGGUUGGCAACGGUGGUGGUAUGCGCCGCGAGCCAGAAGUACCGAUGGAGCGACCGAAGCUGGUGCUGCAACCGCGCACACUGCCCCUACCAGAGCUGCCGAAACCGCGCGCCACCGAUUCGGAUGACGAGUCCGAACAGCACACGGGCAACAAUGGCAAGUACGAGGAGCCGGUGGAGGAACCGCCAAAACCGAAACCGACACCCGUCCCAGCCGCCAAGGUGUUCGGUGACGCGAAACCGGUCGACACCGCGGCACGCGAGCGCGAAAUCGAGGAACGGUUACAGCAGGAAGAGUUGCUGCGGCGCAAGAAGGAGGAAGCUGCAGCUUUGGAGGAAAAAAACAAACGGGACGCUGAAAAGGAGAAUCUAGACACGACCACGGAUGGGGCCGGUGACAAACCGGCUGCUGGUGCCGCCACCCGGAGCAGCAACACCGAUCAACAGCCGCAGCAACCGAUUGCCAACUGGCGGGUACGCAGUGUCAACGACGAGGAGAAAGAAGAUCGCCGAGCGGACAAUCGUGAUCAGCGGGAUAAUCGCGGUAUGAAUCGCCCAGCUAACGGAAUAGCAAUGCACAUUCGCGAUAAUGAACGGAUGGAUCGUGGUGGUGGGGGCCGUGAGCGCACGCAGCCGUCCCGUGACACAUACCGCAACGGGGAAACGAAGGAUCGCCGCGAUGCGCCUAAACCGGCCGAAAAGGAUAAGGAACGCGAGCCGAAACUUUUAGAAGAACGCAUGCCGAAGUUUCAAGAACCGACCGGACCGAAUUUGCAAAUGAAGAACACCUUUGAAGGAUUAUCAGCGGACGAAAUUGAUGACUGAAACAAUACCAAAACCACCACUAGUAUCAUCACUAGUUGACAUCCCGCUGAAGGAAGCAGAACUACUAGCAAAGGAGUGCGAAGAAGAAUUUGCAGCUGCAAGGACAGUGAAGACAACAAGACAUAUAUUAUACACACACAUACAGAGAGAGAGAGCGAGAAACGCACGCGCGUACGUUCAGUCGGGGCGGAUCAUUGGAUUGGAUCUGGAUGGGAAGCGCCUAUCGGCGGGGCUUUCUAUUAUUACUCUUUUUUAUUAUUUCGAUGUAUUGUAGCAACCGUGGUAAAGUGUUUUUUUUUUGUUGGCUGGCUCUCGUACGAGCUAACGUGGUGUGCACGCGCGUGUUGCAUUUCAUUUUUUUCCCCCCCAAUCCUCUUCCCCCCUUCUCAUCCCUACACAUACACAUACCAUCCCCCUCCCCAUCGGGCUGUAUUCAUCUAUUAUAGCUAAAGAACGCGAAAAAAAGGGUUACACGAAUAGUUAUACUCAUACAAACCGUGGGACACUUAUAUGCGUACAGGAAAUGCGAUUUAAUGAACAUUCUGCUUUAUAAGGAAACAAAACUAAUAAAUGUCAGGACACUUUCUCCGCAAACAAAAAAAAAACAAACAAACAAAAAAGUACAGAAAACCACCCCGGAGAGGGCUAAGACUGAUGGCGUGGAAUUGCUGUAGA